AUGUCCUCCUUAGCAGAAAGCUCCCAGCCUGCUCAACGUACUACUUACGGCUUGCCCAAGCCGAAACCAGCUUACUUUCCGCAACCAGGGUCUAAGAUCUAUGCUGAUAGGGCUCUCUACAAGAAGAUCGCUGAAGCUGGCAAGACAAAACAGUCCCAGACUCUCUGCCCUCCUCGCAACGGUAUAGCCGUGAAGGUGCCUGCAAAAUCGAUCUUUCGUGUUUUCACCCCCGACGGACCUCAGGUGUGUGACUUGAACAUCUGGAACUUCCACAACCCCAAGGAACGCUUCUGGGCUGCUAGAACCAGACAGUUGCACCUGGCCCACGUUUCCACGUACGACCGCUUGUGGUCGAACUUGCCUUACUUGCGCCCUUUGGCUACCAUCAUCGAAGACCCCUUGGGCGGCAGACACGACGAGUGGGGUGGCAGAAUCCACGACACUUUGGGCACAAGGUGCGAUCCGUACGUCGAUAAGCUCAUUUCCGGCGAAGAUAACGACGACCAUUGCCAUUCGAACUUGAUCAGGGCCAUAAAGCCUUAUGGUCUCGGGGAGUUUGAUGUGCACGACGUGUUGAACCUUUUCCAGGUGACUGGCUUGACUGAAAACGACCAGUACUUCAUGGAGGCUCUGCCAGCGGAGCCUGGAAGCUACAUCGACUUGUUUGCAGAGACAGACUUGCUUGUGGCAAUAUCGGCGUGUCCUGGCGGCGAUUUGAGCAAUUGGGACUGGGGGAGAAGGAGGAGACACCAAGAUGAAGGACAAUUGCAGAGCCUUGGGCUUGGAGGUGUGGACUUUGAACAACGAAGAGGAGGUGUUGAAGGGUUGAAAGCACCCGAGUUUGCUCCUUACAAGGGCAAUCACGGAUUGUAA